CCGGUGCUUAAUUAAAUAUUAUACAUUAAACAUUUAAAUAAACAAAUACUACUUAAUAAGUAGAUUACGAUUAGGCAACUGACAUUACACCCGUCCAGGUUUUGGCGCCGACACAUUGUUCAUAUUAGAUUUUUGAGGUUAUAUUUUCAAAACAAACACUUUUUAAUAAUGUCAAAUUUAAAACAAUAUUUAAUACAGUACAUGAUAGGCAAAGGAAUUUCUACUGAAAAGGCAAUUUUCGAUUUCUGCCAAAGUAUUUCGUCAGAUUCAGUGCAGAAUGUCAAGGAUUUGAAGUUAAUUAUAACAGAAAUAAACGGUGAGAUUGUUCGUAAUGGUCUGAAAUUAACUUAUGGAAGAUGUGAAAUAACAAACAAUAAAUGUAUAGCACUGAUCAAUACAAAAUGUGAUACUAUUGCUUUAUUGCAAUCUACAUUUAGUCCAGUACAAUUGGAAUAUUUCCAAGCAAUAAUAUCCGAAAUCUUGGGUUCUGAUGAAUAUAGAAUUACUUUUAUAAUUUGCAUCAACAUCACAUCAACACUUGUGGGAAAGAUGACCCGGGAUCAAGGACAGAAUACACUGAAUGUUUGGAUAAAAGGUGGAUAUUUCAUCAAAGAUGAGGACUAUGUUUAUCUAGGACUGAGGACAAAAAUGGAAUUUGCAACAUAUUUGCGGCAGCAUUGUCCUGAUUCACUCUGCAAGUUAUGCAGUGAAUUAGUAUUCAGGGCUGUUGUUUGUGCACAUUGUGCUGCGGUCUUUCAUAAUUUUUGUAUAAACAAAUAUUUGGAGAGCCAAGCUCUGUGUCCUACCUGUGAUGCAAAGUGGCAAACGGAAGCAUAUCAAAAUCAUCUGGAAAAACAUAAUGGAUAUACUUCUAUGGAAGUAAGUGAUACUGAAAGCUCCCAAAGUACAAUCAUUAAUCAUACAGAGACAAGAGAAUCUGACUGUGAAAGCUUUACUGAAGAACCUGGUCCCAGUAAAAGAAAGGUUAGAAGAAAAUGUUAAUCCUAAUUCUAUGCUUUUUGUAUGUUAAUUGAAUUUUAAUAUUAAUUAAUUGAUUAAUUAAAUAUAUAUGUUUUUUAAAGAUAAGUCUAUUAAUGCCUGCCCUAUGAAUGUUAAACAAAAAUAAUUUAAACUCAAGAUUUUAAAACAAUCGGUAUUUAUUAUUUACAGCUUAAAAUAAAAUAAAUUGACCAAGGUCGUAUAUGAUGGAUUAAACAAUGAUGUAACAACGUAUUUUAGAGCAUCUGCAAUAACACAGAACCGUAUAAAACAUAAAAA